AUGAUGACGUGCCGUCUGCUGUGCGCCCUGUUGGUGCUCGCCCUCUGCUGUUGCCCUUCCGUGUGCGCCGCAGACAUUACCCUGACUGAACCUCAAACUGAGAGAAAAGGCGCCAGCCUGCCGUCCACUACGCCAGAGACUAGGUCUGAGACUCAAGAUGCUGCCGACACCAGUCAAUUGCGCUCUCCAGAAGAAGGCUCUAGUCUGGAUCCGGAGAAUCAAGUUGAUGCGAGGGGAAAGGACACCAGCCCGCCGUCCCCUGCAGAAGAGGGAGCAAUUCGGAGCAGCGGUGAGUCAGGUUCACGGAGCCAGGAUUCCGGCGCGGCGGAGGAAAAUACCGCCAGCUCAUUGCCCCCUGCACCACCCACUGAGCCUAGCAAGAAAACUGAGACGAAUCCGGGGGAUAAAGAUAAUUCUAUGAAGAUCAUGACGCCUGAGGAUACCUCCGAGACGACCACGUCCACUACAAAAAAAGCACCAACCACGACUACAACCACUGCGCCCGAGGCACCAAGUACUAUGACCACAGAGGCGCCAACCACGACGACCACCCGCGCACCGUCACGUCUUCGCGAAAUCGACGGCGGCCUCAGCAGCUCUGCGUGGGUGUGUGCCCCGCUGCUGCUCGCUGUAUCCGCGCUGGCGUACACCACUCUGGGCUGA